AAAGCUCAUUGGUUGACAGUGGAAUGAAAUGGUCUAUAAAAAGCAUAUUUUUGCUUUUAAGUUACAAUACAGCAUCAGUCUCAAGUUGAAUACUUUUAAAGAAUUUGACAUCUUCACUUGAACAGAACUCCGUGGUGACCAUGAAACUACUAUUCCUAGUGAUGUGCCUGAUUGGACUUUGUUCUUCCAUUCCUGUGUCUGAGGAACAUGAUCGAGAGGAGCGCUCAGCUAGCAAUGAGAGGUACAGGGGUUAUGGCCGUGGUUCGGGAGGGUUUUACCCCUAUCGGCAGCCUCAGUACCCAUCCUACUUCCCUUAUGCGCAGCCAUCUCAAGGUAACUCUGCCUUGAUGGCCCUCCUGCCCUUCCUAUUGGCCAGCCUCGCCUCUGCUCCUGCCCCAGCUCCAGCUCCAGCUCCAGCUCCAGCUCCAGCCCCGGCAGCGGGUGGAAAAUGAGACGGGCGUUGAUAGGGGAAGGAGAAAUAACUUGUUUAAAUCAAAUAUGUUGACAUUAGCUCCUGUUCAGAGCUGAUUAUUCCAUCAUUAAUAAAUUAAAUAAGUUAAGAUCCGUCA